AUGGCGGCUCGAGCUCCCGCAGGCCGACCAGGCGCAGGCGGCAGGUUUGCUCAAUUCAAGCUCGUCCUUCUGGGUGAAUCGGCCGUAGGAAAGAGCUCAUUAGUCCUGCGGUUCGUCAAGGACCAAUUCGACGACUACCGCGAGUCCACCAUUGGCGCCGCCUUCCUCACACAGACGAUAUCGUUAGACGAGAACACGACGGUCAAAUUCGAAAUAUGGGAUACCGCGGGUCAAGAGCGCUACAAGUCGCUGGCCCCGAUGUACUACCGGAAUGCCAACUGCGCAGUCGUGGUCUACGAUAUCACACAAGCGUCCUCCCUAGAUAAAGCCAAGUCAUGGGUCAAAGAACUCCAACGACAAGCCAACGAGAACAUCAUCAUCGCCCUCGCCGGGAACAAAGUCGACGUCGUCAACGAGUACCCCGACAAGCGCGCCAUCCAGACCGCAGACGCGGAAGCCUACGCGAAAGAAGCCGGUCUUUUGUUCUUCGAGACCUCCGCAAAGACGUCAACAAAUGUCAAGGAACUGUUCACUGCCAUUGCCAAGAAGUUGCCGCUGGACCAGGCAGGGCCUAGGAAUUUGAGGGCGAAUCCCCGGCCGGGCGUGGACUUGAGACCGGAGGCGACCCAAACCGGCGCUGCUGGGAAUUGCCAGUGUUGA